UUCGCCUCCCUCUACACGCAGAUCCCGGGCCUCUAUGGCCCUGAGGGCAUCCUGCCGGCAAGGAGGACGCUGCGGCCGCAGGGCAAGGGGCGCUGGCAGCAGCUGUGGGAGACACCAACGCUGCUGUGGGAAGCCCCGAGCCUGGGGCUGGACACGGCACAGGGCCUGGAGCUGCUGAGCCUGCUGGGCACCCUGCUGGCCCUGGGCGCCCUGCUGCUGAGCCCGCUGCGCCACACACUCGUCUACCUUCUGCUCUGGGCCACCUACCUGUCAGCCUGCCAGGUGGGCCAGGUGUUCCUUUACUUCCAGUGGGAUUCUCUGCUGCUGGAGACUGGUUUCCUGGCCGUGCUGGUAGCCCCACUGAGGCAGCCCGCCCACCGCAAGCAGGCCCCCCAGGGUGGGCCAGCCGGGGCCUCGCCCCAUGAAGGCCUCCCCUUCUGGCUCGUGCGCUGGCUGCUGUUCCGCCUCAUGUUCGCCUCAGGCGUGGUCAAGCUGACCAGCCGCUGCCCUGCGUGGUGGGGGCUCACUGCCCUCGCCUACCACUUCGAGACCCAGUGCCUGCCCACACCCGCCGCCUGGUUUGCACACCACCUUCCCGUCUGGCUGCACAAGCUCAGUGUGGUGGCCACCUUCCUCAUCGAGAUCGCUGUGCCCCCGCUGUUCUUUGCCCCUGUUCGCCGCCUGCGCUUGGCUGCCUUUUACUCUCAGGUGCUGCUGCAAGUCCUGAUUAUUAUCACUGGCAACUACAACUUCUUCAACUUGCUGACGCUGGUGCUCACCACCGCGCUCCUGGAUGACCAGCACUUGGGAGCCGAGCCUGGCCACGGCCGCCACAAGAAGAUGCCUACCUCCUGGCUCAAGGCCCUCCUGGCUGCGCUGUCCCUGCUGCUGGAACUGGCCGUCUGCGGGCUGCUGGCCUAUGGCACCGUGCACUACUUUGGCCUGGAAGUUUACUGGCAGCAGCGCACCAUCCACUCCAGAACCAAUUUCACCUUCCACCAGUUCUCUCAGUGGCUGCAGACAGUAACUUUGCCCACCGUGUGGCUGGGUGCGGCCUCCCUCACCUGGGAGCUUCUGACUGCUCUCUGGAGGUGGACCCAGGUGCGGGGCUGGCUGAGGAAGCUGAGUGCUGCAGUCCCACUGUCUGUCCUGGGCGUUGCCACGGUGGCCUUGUUCGUGACCAGCCUGGUGCCAUACUCCUAUGUGGAGCCAGGAACCCAUGGGCGCCUCUGGACAGGGGCCCACCGCCUGUUUGGCACUGUGGAGCGCUUGCAGCUGGCCAGCUCAUAUGGCCUCUUCCGCAGGAUGACUGGGCUGGGUGGGCGGCCUGAGGUGGUGCUGGAGGGCAGUUACGACGGCCACCACUGGACGGAGGUGGAGUUCAUGUACAAGCCCGGGAACGUGAGCCGGCCACCCCCGGUGGUGGUGCCCCACCAGCCGCGCCUCGACUGGCAGAUGUGGUUUGCUGCCCUGGGCCCACACGCACACAGCCCGUGGUUCACCAGCCUGGUCCUCCGCCUGCUGCAGGGCAAGGAGCCUGUGAUCCGCCUGGUCCAGAAUGAGGCUGCCAGGUACCCCUUCCACAAGCAGCCGCCCACCUUCAUGCGGGCCCAGCGCUACAAGUACUGGUUCUCACAGCCCGGAGAGCAGGGCAGGUGGUGGCGGCGCCAGUGGGUGGAGGAGUUCUUCCCACCCGUGUCCCUCGGGGACCCGAUGCUGGAGACGCUGCUCAGGCAGUUUGGGCUGCAGGACAAGAGCCCACCGCGGGCUCGCAGCUCCAGCAGUGCCCUGGCCCAGGCCCUCUGCUGGGUUCGAACUCGACUGUCUUCCCUGGAGGCCCCCACCCUGCUCUGGGGGCUCCUGGCGGCUGUGGCGGCUAUCAGAGUCAUGCAGGCCCUGCUGGCUCCAAGGCCUCCCAGGUCCUUCCUGCCAGCCAGAGGGGAGACGCACAGGCCGGCCCCCAAGAAGGACUCCAGAGCUGCCUGCGAACAGGCCACCCCACCCCCGGAUGGCUGCAGCAGCAGCUCCCGGACCCCCCGGCGGAAAAAGUAGCUACACUGUGUGAGCCAUGUGUCUGGCCAAAGCUGUGGCCUCCUGCGGCAGGAUGGGGCCAGCCAUCGUGCCUUCACUGACGCUGCUGGGCCGGACACAGGUUGGGAUACUGCCCCCAGGAUUGCUAGGUGCUGCUUUGAGGGCCCGCAGGUCCCCCCAAGCCAGCCAUGUUCCUCCCAGGACCCCGCCACUGCCUUCACGAUUGGUCCAAGAGUAAACGUGUGACCUAGCUCAGGACCUGGCCCCAGGCGGUAGGGUUCGGAGUCUGGAGCCCCGACCCCAGCUCCUGUGCUGGAGGGAGCGAGACUGAUUGAGGAGGGAAGGGAGGCAAGGUGGUCAUCUUUGAGUUAGUGCCACACCAGCCCAUCCCAUCCUGCGAGUCCAUGCACCAAUAAAGGCGUUUUUUGUUCUCGCCUGUGUA